AUGGAAUCGUAAUAAUGAUAAUUUAUAUUAAAGAUUUUCAAAAAUAAAAAAUAUUAAAUACGAACUACCUAUGAUGCAAAUUCUUGUUCAUACCUAAUUCAAUUAUUAAACUAUUUAAUAUUUAAAUGUUAGGAAAAAUUAUAGCAGAAUUUUGAAGAAUCAAUUACAAUUAUCAAUAGGAUAAAGUUGCAUCUAAAAUAGUAAAAUAUAAAAUAAUUAUUAAAGUUUAUAAUUAGAAAUGUGAUAUUUACAGUUUAGGAGUCAUUUUAGCUAUAAAAUGGAAAAACUGA